AUGUCCAAAUACCUUGAACUGGUGGCCUAUGUUGAAUCUUACCGUCCAACUUUCAUUCUUGUGGCUGAAUCCUGGCUUCACCCUGGAAUCCCGGAUGUAUUGGUGUCAUUGUCUGGCUACUCCAUCUAUAGAUACGACAGCACAACAACGAUUGGUCAUGGUGGUGUAUGUAUUUAUGUGGCUGAUACUAUCUUGAAUUCCUUCUCGCUCCAGCCUUCAACACCUGACUUGCCGGGAAUAGACUGCUUGUUAAUUGAUCUUUGCAGGGGAAAGUCCGGCUGCUUCACCAUCGGUUGCAUCUACCGACCCCGCCCUUGCCUAUCAGAUGGUCUAUUUGCAGAUUUACUUGGCAGCUUGUCUACGAACAAACGAAAUCUAUACAUAGCAGGUGAUUUCAACAUGCCUGAUGUAAUUUGGCCUUUAUCCUCUAAAACCUACAACACUGCCUCUGCUGUUCUUGUUAACACCAUCCGCGAGAAUAACCUCUCACAAUUAGUUGAUUUUCCGACCCGCUUUCGCAAUCAACAAACUCCUUCACUUCUUGACUUAGUACUAGUCAACGAUCCUGACACUGUUUCAGGCAUUGAGCAGCAUUCACCUUUAGGUAAAUCAGAUCAUAUUAUCCUACAUUCUAGGAUGCAGCUCUUAUUUCCUUCCACUAAUGAUAAAUUCAUUAAAACCCAAAAAAUCACGAACUACCGUCGGCUUGAUGGUUUGGUAGAGGCGGUCGACUGGGUGUCUCUGCUGCAGCCAGCUGCUGAUGUGGAGCUUAUGUGGAGCAUUUUCGCUGAAGCACUACAAGGGCUAGUCGACAAUUGCACAUCAACUAAAACUGGUUCACCUCCCGCGAUAAUCAUCCCUCGAGUUUCAGCUGAGCUCAAAAACAUAACUUUUUCUCCGUCCGUCGUGAAGGCCAAACUUUCUGCCCUAAAUGCCCAGUCUGCACCUGGUGCUGACGGAUUUUCAGCAAGGCUUCUUAAGGAAUGUAGCAAUUCUCUGGCGCUCCCCCUUUCUCUGAUUUUCACUCGCUCAUUCGAGACUUUCUCCCUUCCCUCCUCUUGGCGGAGUGCACGUGUUACGCCAAUUUUCAAAAAGGGAGAUAAGCGUUGUUCUGAUAACUAUCGCCCCAUCAGCCUGGUCCCGGUCAUAGCGAAGAUUUGUGAGAGGGUUAUAUUGGAAGAAGUUUUACAAUUUUCUCUUGGACACGGCAUAAUUCCUGAUUGUCAACACGGCUUCCUCCCGGGGCGCUCGGUCAUCACAAACCUCCUCCAAUGUGUCAACUCCUGGUCGAUGUCCCUUGAUAAGGGCGACCCGGUUGAUGUCAUUUACCUUGACUUCUCUCGAGCCUUCGACCGUGUGCCACAUAGACGUCUCUUGUCCAAACUCGAUCAUAUCGGAAUUCGUGGCCGCCUCCUCUCAUGGAUCGAGGCUUUUCUUUCGAAUCGCGUCUUCCAGGUUCGUGUAGGCGAUUCUGUCUCUUCACCGAGAGCUGUCAUGAGUGGAGUACCGCAGGGCUCAGUGUUGGGUCCAGUUCUUUUUCUACUCUACGUUUCUGACCUGCCACAUCAUGUCAUCUCCCAAUUCUCACAGUUCGCCGAUGACACCAAGAUGUUUGGUCCCUCCAGUAGCGCCUCCACUAUUCAAGAUGACCUCGACUCCAUUUCGCGGUGGUGUGAGGAAUGGCAACUGCCACUCAACAGUGGGAAGUGCGUCGUCCUCCACAUGGGUCCUCAUAAUCCACGCCAGAGGUACUAUCUCAAUGGAGUUGUCAUCCCUGUUUCCAGCAGCCAUUGUGAUUUGGGUGUUAUAGUGACAGAUAACCUGAGUUGGUCCGAUCACAUCCUCCAUGCUGUCAACAAAGCCAAAAGAUCCUUAUUCCUGAUUCAAAAAGCAUUUGGCAGGUGUGAUCCCCUUACGUGCGCUGCUGUAUACCAAACUUACGUACGGCCUAUUUUAGAGUUCGCCGGGCCUGUUUGGAGUCCGACGUUGUGCCGCGAUUUGUCAUUGCUGGAGGGUCUCCAGCGUCGUGCAACGCGCCUCCCUUACGGAAUCUCGCGCCCGUCAUACAGUGAAAGACUCUCCAUAAUGAACCUACCAACUUUCAUGGACCGGAGGACUCGUGGUGACCUCAUCACUACUUUUCGAGCUCUGAAUGAUCUGUUUGGUGUCAGUUUGAGCAACCUAUUCACGUUGAACAGGGAUAGCCGUCUGAGAGGCCAUGCUUUCAAGCUACGAAAAGAAAACUUUAAAACUGUGCAAAGGCAAAACUUUUUGACAAACCGGAUAUUCGGUGUUUGGAACUCGUUACCUCCUGCUGUGGUGGAGUCAGUGUCAGUGAACUCGUUCAAAAACAAUUAUGACAGUUGGCAUUCAAGUGAAAGGAACCUUUUUGUGUAA